CGCACAGAUGCGUCGUCUGCACGGGUUCCAGAAAUAUUAUAUACACCCCACCUUUCCUGAGCAUUCAUUGAAAAGUACGACACGUAUAGUAAUUCUAUGAAACUGACAUUAUAUGAAUCGUCAUCAGAAAGAAGUGAAGUGAAGGAAUAAGCGCAAGAGAACGUUCACCGUUGCUUUUAGAAGGUGUCGGUGGUGGCGGGUGAGAGGCAAGUGAGAACAGAGUGAGAGCGGCAGGAUGAUGGAGGAGGGGGUGUACGGCGGUGGCAAAGCGGGGGCGCCUUUUGACCCGCUCACCUUUGUCCAGCGGCCUCAAGUGAUCCUCAGGGCAGUGACAUGGCUCUUUUCUGUCAUCAUCUUUGGCUGCAUCUCAUCACAAGGCUGGACCUUGAACAAAGAAGGAAAAGAAGAGUGCCUCUACAAUGGAGAUAGCAAUGCCUGCAACUAUGGGGUUGGAAUCUCUGUCAUUGCAUUCUUGGCCUCCAUUGGCUUUAUUGCUGGGGAGUACUUCUUUGAACAGAUGUCCUCAGUCAAGACAAGGAAGCGCUAUGUUAUGGCAGACAUGGGUUUUUCAGCAUUUUGGUCUUUCCUGUACUUUGUUGGAUUUUGUUACUUGACCAACCAAUGGAGCAAGUCUCCUGAAAGAGCAUUUGGAACAAGCAACAUGCAGGCAGCCAUCACAUUUAGCUUCUUUUCAAUCUUUCCAUGGGCUGGUGCUGCUUACCUUGCUUUUCUGAGGUACAAACAAGGAUCAGAUCAAGCUUUUGCCCCAAGCUAUGAGGCUGAACCAAACACCACUGGGGGUUACAACAGUUACCCUGAUGCCACAGACCCAGAUGGAGGCUACUCUCAGCCCCCAUUUAGUGGACAGCCUUCCCAGCCUCAGUCAGGUACUGGAACUGCUACUGUGGAUUUUGGCUACCAGUCACAGUCUCAGGCAUGAAGUUCUUGAAGACAAAUCUAAGGGUUCUUCUGGAGAAUAUCACCAUUCUUCAAAUGUUUUGUAAAAAUUAUCAGUUGUAUUGGAAAAAUGCAAGUGUGUGGAGUUGGUCAGUGUUUCUUUAGGUAAUUUCUUUUCAUUUAUUACCUAUCAUUUAUGAAAUAAUAGUUUUGUAAGGUGCUGUAGUUGCUCCUUGAUAUUAUAGAUGUAAAUGAAACCGACAUAAUUGACCGUGAUGUAUGUAUAGUAGCUAUGACUGCCUGAACUGAUCUCUGUGGUAUGCUUAGUACACCUCCUAGUAAACUGCCUCUUGUUGCCAGCAGGUAUGCAGCAGCAGCUCCCUUAUUAAGCCACAUGUGUUUUUGGAGGCUCAGCUAGUCAUGGCCACUAGUCGGCACUGCUCAGCUGGAUAGCACCAAAGCUCCUGCCGCUGCUAACCACCAAGUAUUACCUGCAUCCACCUGGUUUUCAGGAAGGUUGGGUCAUCCUUGGAAUCUCUAGUCAGGGGAAAGUUAUCCCUUGCAGUGUUGAAUGAAACAGACUUUAGGAUUAAUGAUGCCCUAGAUAGGUGAAGUUCCUGGUUAGCAAAGAGCAGGGCAAGGGCUCCUAUUGCUGUUUGUGGAAAACCUCAUGAAAUGAUUUCUGUUUCUUUUGAGGUCAGAAUGCGUAUUGUAUUACCUCAGAGGAUGUUUCAUAAAUUCUCAACUUCUUGGCCACUAUAGUAGGCAGCUAUGGAAGAAUAAUUUAUAGAAGUGAGACAGGAGUCCUUGCAGAACGAAUCAAGUAAUGUUUAUUGUGGAAAUAAAACUUGGGUAAAGUGUACACAUACUUUACAUCAACCAUGUUAUGUACAGUUGUGGUAGUAUGUGUAGAACAGUGUUAUUUCCCUCAUAGAUAUCUUCAUAGAAUUACAAUUACACACUUCACCUGUGUUAGGUAUGUCUCACUUAACCAGCUCAUUUUGUAGCAAGUAUAAAGAUUUUGUUUUAGUAUGACAUAAUUAUUGCUCUAUAGAAUAUGCCUUUUUGCUGAAUUUUCCACAGUUUUGAAUAUUGUAUUUCAUGGUAUAUGUAUAUUAUUUCACCAAUAUGGAAAAUUAGGAUACAGUAAUAAAACCUAUUUUUUAUUUAAUUAUUUUUGUAUUUCUUUAAGUUAAGAUGGAAAAUCUUGUAUCCUUGAGCUCUAAGUGAAGUACUGUACCCCAACAAAUGAAUCUCCAAUUAAAAAUUAAGCCCCACAUUCAUGUGUUCAGGUGGAUAGCUCUAGUUAUAAUAGUAAGAUACAAAUGUUCGUAUCCUUCAACAAUAAGCCUAUUUUCUUUACUAAUGUGCCAAUAAUAUGCAAUAAUUAAUCGAUACUGAACAAUUAUAUGUGAAACACUAAAAAAUUAAACUGUAUACAGGAGUUCAGCCUGUACUUUAUUGUAUUAAAUGUUAAAAGCGUGAUGUGCUGUUGCAGAAAUGCAGAAAAAAGAAAAUUUGUUAGCAUGCAAUUAGAGCUGCUAGCAAAGUAGACUAGUGGAUUAAAAAUCAUUUACUCCAUGUAUAACACUUAAAUUGACAAUUCAAGAUAUGGAAUACCUAUUUUUAUGUGCAUAUGUUUUCAACACUAUUAUUAAGUGAUUGAGGAAAUUAGCAUUUUCCUAGCAAGCAUGGCCUGCAUUGGUAUAUUACUGCAAGUAUGAUGUGAAGUUUUGUCUCGUGCAUCUUAGUCGCAAAUAUUUAAAGAAAGUAUACUUGCUUAAUUUUUUUUUUUUUUUUUGAUAUUAAUUAGAGAAAGUUUUACAAAUCUGACAUCCCAAUUCUUUUCAAUAAAGCAAUUAGGAAUUAGGAAUUUUGGUGUAGCAUCAAUAGUAAUAGAGCAACUGCACAGCUACAGUUCAUGAGAUCUAAUCGGACUCUGGCUGUGGGUAAUACUUUAGCAGGUGAAACUUAUAAAAAGACAGGUGAAAAGUAAUGAAGAUCCUUUACUACCUAUGACAACUGGUGAGAUAACUAAUCUUCAAUGAAAGAAAUCAAUCAAACAAGUUACAGCCAAAGAAGAAGGCACUAACAACGAAGCUAAUUUUCUUAAAAGAAACAAGGUACUUAAAUUGUGGAUUGUAUUUUCAAGUGCUAAACAAAAACUUGAUUUGUCUACACAAGUUUUUCAAGUCUUCAAGUUGUGGCACAGGAUUCUCACACCUCAAUCCUGGAGGUUCUUUGGUAUGUGUUGAUUAGAAAACUGAAUAACACAAUGUACAUUUAAUAUAUUUCUUGUAAAUAAUGAAAAUGCUAAUUAUUAUUGUUAAUGUACUUCCCAUAUGACAAAAACUAUAUAUUUUAGAUGCAGGUUAUUUUUAUUAUACUGAGAAUUAUUUUUACUAUUCUUGAAGUAGACAUAUCAUGUGUAUUGUACUAUAAAUGAUGUUCUGAAGCUCCUGAUAAGAUUGCCUAGCUGGUAGUGCAAUCAUGAAUUGUAUGCCUUCCUAAAUCCACAGUGACAGGUUCUGAUGUGACACCAAAGGGAAGAAGAAUUCCUAUGAAGUACGUACUAAUAGUUCACUGCCUACACCAGUACUAACACGUUUCUCUGGGAGAAAGAAAAUUAUUGUACUUUUAUUUGGUACAAUUUCAUGCAUUCAUUUUCUGUUGGCGAGAAUGAUUUUCUGUAAAUGUUGUAACUAUGUGAGGAAGGGCACAUUAGCCUGGUUCAUGUUAUGUAAUCAUAUCUAGUUAUUGGUGUAUAAAUGUAUGUAAGAUUACUCAAUUAUCGGAGGUCAUAAGUGUAGAAGAAAUUGAAAACUAAAGGUAUUUCUCAUUAUGCAGGUUUGAAUCAUUAGGUGAGGAAGUUAUUGAUACAAUUGACUAAUACUGACUUCAAAAAAUCUAUCAGGCAAAAUAUGACACAGGACAGAAACUGCUAUGCUGUUAAGAAAAAAAAUAAAUAAAAAAUAAAUAAAUAGUUUUAGGGGGUGUCAACCUGCAUAAAUGAUCUCUGAUGUUAAGUGUAUAGUGAACAUUCAGUGAUGUAGAUAUUAUUGCCAGGCUAGGUGAGGAUAUCUGGACAUGUUAAUGGGUCACCAUUCAAGGAAUAUCUAAAAUUGGAAUUUGAUGCUUCAUGCAAAAAUUUCAAUAUAUGAGGACCUAGUACUUGCAUGUGUAUAUACUAUACAUAUAUAUAUAAAUAUAAAUAUGAAUGUAUGUCUAGGGCACUUCCUGUUUCAUCAUCUUCAACCAGCUGUACUUCAUGUGAGUAAUGAAAUAGUUCAUGAAGGGUCAAUAAUUUGUAAAUAGGGGCAUUCCUUGACUGAUUAUUCCCAUAAUUGUUGCUGUUAAGUACCAUACAUUCCACAUAUCUGGAAUUCAAUUUAGUUGAUGCUUCACAAUAUGUUGUCUAAUUCUUAAUUUUGUCUUGUAUACAAAUUGCAAUUCUGUAUUUAAGUUAUGAAUGAUGGUGUAAUGAUGAAAACGAUAUACUCAGUUUACAAUCAAAAUUGUGGUCAGGGUUUCUCACAUUUAGUUUACAUAUGGUUGUGAUCAUAAGAAUACUUUGUCUAUGAAUAGCUUGCUCUGUAUUUGUCUUUAAAAUUAACAAAAAUCUUGUAAUCAGAAAGCUUUUGCUGAAAUUUUCCUUAUUGGAUUAGGAGAGAACAAGAACUUUUCUGUUAUAGUGUUUGGUUUUGAAUUUUUGCUCUUGUCUUGCCUUUGAUCUAUAAUGGAAUGUAUUGUAAUGCACAUAAUAUAAGAAAAGUGCUUA